AUGGUUUCUGCAUGUGAAGUAAAGAUCGAAGCUCAAGAACUCAGACCAUCAAACAUCUUCACAAGUCUUGAUACGAUAAGAGGGAAAGUUUAUGUUAACGUCAGAUCAGAGAUCUCACUAAGUUGUAUCCAAAUAAAACUUGAAGGUAUUUCACAAUCAAUAAUAAGAGAAAAACACUUGGUUAAAAGAAAGGAAAAGGAAAUUGCAAAAUUAGAAAGUCAUAGACUGCUAUAUGAAACCAGAACGAUAUUCCCACCAAAAAACGUUAGACAAGUUAGUUCGGCUAAAGAGUUUACACUGACACCAGGUGAAUAUGAAUAUGAUUUUGAAUUCAAACUCCCCUUAGAAUCAUCAUGUGGUAGUAAUAAUGCUCCAACGAAUGGUAUAACUAAUAAAUUUCAGGUUGUUAGAAGGAAUUCAGAUCAGUUGAAUAGUAAUAAUUCUGCUCAUUUUAGAGGCCCAUUACCACCUUCCUUAUCAGAUCUUGGAGAAUUAGGGCAAAUCAAUUAUUUCUUAAAAGUCACAGUUAAAAGAACUUCAAUAAUCAAGCCUAAUAUCAGAAAGUUUUCACCAUUUAGAUUUAUACCAUUUGAUUCAUUAGAACAUCUUAAUAGUUCAAGUCGAGAAUUAAACUUUAUAAGGAAAGAGCAAGUUUUCAAAGAUAAAAUACCAGAAAUCAUAGCAAUAAUAGAUAAACCUCAGAGGCCUUAUAGCGGACAAGGCUAUCAGACACCACCAUCACCACAGAGGAGAUCUUCAAGUUUCUUAAAAACCUUAUUUUUUGGAAGUUCAGAUGAUAUUAGUCAAUCUUCAACAUCUAUCCCACAACCACCACCAACACCACCGAAGAAUGAACCACCUACAAUAACUGCAUAUGAUGUUCCUUUUUUCUUUGAAGCAAGAUUUAAUGGAUUGUUUCAAACAGUGGGGAAAUCACCAACUUAUAAGCUAUAUGUUCUUUCAAAGGCAAACCCCAAAAAAUAUAUUGGUAUGAAUGGUGAAAGUUCAGGAUUGGGUGCAGUUUAUCUUAAAAAUUUAAAAAUUGAAUUAUUCAUAGUGACAAAUGUUGUAUCACAGGAAUUCAAAAGACAAGAUUAUAAAGUGAUUACAUUAUGCCAAUUAUCCGUCAGUGGAAAAUUAGACUUAGCAUAUGCAAGAAAAUCUAAAGCUAUCAAUGAACAAACAGGAUCUGCAUUACAUGAGCUAGAGAUUCCAACAUCACUAUAUUCAAAUGCGGUUAUUCCAUAUUCUUUAGUACCAAAUUUCAAGACUUGUAAUAUGGAAAGAAAAUAUAAACUAAAGAUAACUGCAGGGUUUGCGGAAACCAAAGAUUCUAAAAAGAUUAAAGAAGUUUCUAUUGACACUUGGAUUGAUUUGAUUGGUGGUAUUCCUCCUCCAAUGGCAAGUGAAAGUAUACCAGCAAGAGCUAAUUUACCAACUUAUGCUGAUGCUACAGGAUAUCGUUGA